UAACAACGUUAGCAUCUGGACUUUUUUGGUCAUUCGGACACUUAAUCUAUGACGGACCCACUUCCGGCACAAGACUGCGUGAUAGUCUCGCGAGAUUUCCUCCACUUCCUCUUCGCGCGGAACCAGCUUCCAAGAUGUCUCUCGUCAUUCCAGAGAAGUUCCAGCACAUCCUUCGUGUUCUCAACACGAACAUUGACGGUAGGAGGAAGAUCGCCUUCGCCAUCACCGCCAUCAAGGGGGUUGGUAGACGAUAUGCCCAUGUUGUCCUGAGGAAGGCCGACAUCGACCUCAGCAAGAGAGCUGGAGAACUCACUGAGGAUGAGGUCGAGAGGGUGGUGACGAUCAUGCAGAAUCCUCGCCAGUACAAAAUCCCUGAUUGGUUCCUCAACAGGCAGAAGGACAUUAAGGAUGGAAAAUACAGCCAGGUUCUGGCCAACGGUCUGGAUAACAAGCUGAGAGAAGACCUGGAGAGACUGAAGAAGAUCAGGGCUCACCGUGGUCUCAGGCACUUCUGGGGUCUGCGUGUGCGUGGUCAGCACACUAAGACCACCGGCCGUCGCGGUCGUACCGUCGGUGUGUCCAAGAAGAAGUAAACGCUCUCCCUGUUCCCCGAUGUCAAUAAAACCACAGUUCAUAAACUC